AUGCGCCAUGCUCGCAGAUUUACCGACAUAACGCCUGUUAUUCCGAUCCAGAAAACCAAAGAUAGAGUUGAUGACAAGAAAAAGUUCCAUAAACAAUCUAAAAAGUCCAGGAAAGGUUCUACAAUGAGUACUUCGCGUGGCUCAAAACCGCAACAACACCAAGACGUACCAAGAACGGAAUUAGACUAUGAAAUCGAACGACUAAAAGCAGAAAUACAACAAGAACGACAAAUGAAGGAGAUGCUAGAACAAUCUUCUGUUGAAUUAGUGAAUACCAUCAGCGAUCUGGAAGAGAAAAACGACAACGUUGAAGGCGAAGAUAACGAAUGGAAGACACGAUUUGAAACUCAGCAAGAAAUGAACAACCAGCUUGAGAAACAAGUUGUGUUAUUACGGGAAAAACUUGGCCAACUUAAGAUUCCAUCUCGAGAUGGAAAACCAAGUAAUCAUCUCAAAACAUAUAAUGGUUUAUCUGAUGCAGAAAUAAGAAAACUAAUGAAACAGCUGGAGAGGGAUAAAACAGAGUUACAGGGUCAAUUGCGAGACUUGGAAUGGCGUCUAGACAAUGAAUCCAAGGCUUUUCACAAGAUAAAUGAGGAAAGAAAGAAGUACCUAACUGAACUAGAUGAGACUGCUGCAUUCAUCGAUGACACAAAAACAAAAACAAGACAAGCAAUUCAUGAAGCUCAGAGAGAGAAUGAAGCUCAGUUGAACAAUGCAAAAUUAAGACAUCCUAACCACUUUGGCCUGCCAGACAAUCAAAGGAUAAUUGAUCCAAAGAAAGGUCCUGUGAAGAAGGUGGCAGCUGUGCGGAAGCUGCCAAAGUUAGACAGCUCAGGAUCAGGUGGAAGUAAAUCACCUGGCAACAGUCCAAGGAACAGUUAGCUUACAUGGAUAGAAUUUGAAAAUAAUUCUAUAGGAUGGCUAAACAUAAAGGAUACCUUCAAACAUGAGAUACUUAUUCUUUUAACCCUUGAUACUGUAAGAUCAGUAUGCUUAUUCUUCAUACUGUUCUCUAUACAUUUCAUGAGGUGCUGACAAGGAGAAUUUGUUUUAGCAAUCAAGAGCUUCUUUAGUUAGUGAUCAUUUCCUUUAUUCUCAUGACCUUAAUGUGUGACUCAGGGGUGAUAUUGUAAGGAGAAAUUAGAUGUUAGUAACACUUAGGGGUCAAAGGGUUUAGGUAGUGUAUACAAUGUAAUCAGACAAUUGAGGCACAAAACAAACAUUGUUACCCUAGUUUUAGUCAAUUAAUCAUUGUGCUAUUGCUCUCUUCAAAGAGGUAACAGAACAUGGACGAAAUUUCCUGGUACUAUCCAUUGUCGGCAGUGCAUAGUCUUAUUUAUGUAUUUAUGCAAAGAAAAUAUAUGGGGCUUUGAAUAAAAGGUGAACUAUUUCGACAAAGGGCAAAAAAAAAUAGUUGGUAUAGUUCUUGAUUCAAUCCAAUUCUUAUGAAAUAUUGAAUCAAACCAUCUAGGAUGAAAAACUGCCUACAACAUUUGACUAAUGCUUUUAAGAUUGUGAAUAAAAAAAGGAAAAAGCUGCUUGAUACUACCAAUCUUUUAUUGACUUUUGCAUUUGAGCAGAACCCUACUCUCAAAUGACAAAAUACAUAAUUACCCAUUGUUGUAAAUGAUCACAUAACAAUGUAAAGUUUAGUUAAAGCUUGUGUGUUUUGUUUUCUUAGCUUGUAAAUAUACACUCAGUUACCAACAAAUAUAUAGAGGAAAACAGAUAUGUAAAUAUAAUGAUUGUAAAAGUGACAUGAUUGUCCAUCUGAUAUAAUGAUCAUUUUAUUUUCCUAUCACUUUCAUUUUGGCUGUAAUUGACACAAUCAAGUGACUUGGGUUGUGCGAAAAGAUCAGUUAACUCACUGUGUGGUAUUUAAAUUAGUUGUAUGUAACUGAGCUUGAGAUAAUCUGAAAAUGUAUUGAUAACAUUCUGAAAGAAUAUUGUGAUCUGAUGAGAGGGCAUGACAUCCCUUGAUGGGGUGAAGAGGUGAUGCUCAAAUUUAUUAUGAGCAAUUUUUGCCAAUGCUGAUUGAACAUUUGAAUCUCUUGUGUUGAAGAAAUCAGAGAACGACUUUUUUUUUCUGAAAGUAAAAAUUGGAAGAAUU